AUGAAAUUAAUUCUUUGUGAUUUAUUUCCACCAUCAAAUUCCAAAGCAACAACGACCUCAUCCAAUCAAGUAUCUCAUGAUGAAGAUGUUGAACAAUUCUUAACGUUAGAAUUAAUUCCGAGAUUUAGAGAACAGAUCAGAAAUAAGAAGAUACCUUUUUCUAUGAAUUUUGAGUUGAAACAUGUGAUAGGAACUGGUGUACUCGGAAGAAAUACUCACGAACUCAAUCAUCCAAAAGAUGUAGUCGUUAGUUACAAUCAUUCCUGUAUAUUGAUAGCAGAUUUUAACAACCAUAGAGUAUUAGUACACGAUCUGAUGACUUAUCGAUUUAAGAAAUCCAUUCCGCUGAGUUUUCCCGCAAAGAUGUGCAUUGAGAGUAAUUAUAAAGGUGGCCUUAAUGAUGCAUUGAUCAUUGCUCAGUUUCAUCAUGAAUAUUUUGUUUGUAAAUAUGACUUGAGUAUGUUGCUCAAUAACCAAAGAACACAAAGCAAUUAUGAUCUCAAGUAUUUAUGGAAAUCUGAAACCUAUUUUUAUAACCCAGAAAAAUCCAUGACAAUAUCACGAGCCAAGAAACAGGUAUUUAUUGCUGAUAACAAAGAUCAAAAACGUUCAAGAUGUUAUUGUGUCAAGAUUUUGUGUUUAGAAACUGGAGAACGUGUACAAACAAUAUACUUACAUGGUUCUCCCUAUGGAAUGACCUUUAUUGAGGAUUAUGGAUUUCUUGUUGUUGGCACUCAUUUAAACAACAAGAUUCAAAUGUUUAAGUACGACGGUAUUGACUCUUGGAACAAGAUAAAUUCAUUUGGAAAAUCAGGAAAAGAUGAAGGAGAAUUAUGUUACCCUUCAUCAUUGAUUUAUGAACAAGCUUCACAACAUAUUAUUGAAUGCAAUUAUAGUAAUGCACGAAUACAAGUAUUUAAAUUAGAUGGCUCAUUUGUGAAAUCUUUUGGAUCAAGAGAAUUGAGCAUUGAAGGCCGACAUUUUGAUCUAAUCCAAUCAUUUCUUCCCAACCAGAGAUGGUUAAUAAAUUAUUAUCGGUACCAACAACAUUAG